AUGUCGCAGUUGUCUUUCAUUCCUAUUAGCUACUUUCAUUGGGGCUUAUAUGCACUGCUCAUUUCUUUACGCUUUUCCUUCGUCAUUCUUCAAAGUCCUGGCUAUCUGCAUCCCGAUGAAUUCUUCCAAUCCAUUGAACUAGCUGCGUAUGAUUUGUACGCGAACUUCUGCAGUAUUCGCUCAUGGGAAUUUGAACCCAUGGGACAUGGACCGGUGAGAUCACGUUCCAGCAUCUACCCUUUCGUCCACCUGCCUAUUAAAGCGGUCGAUUAUCUGCUUCCACCCAGGGAAACCCAGCCCCUCUCCGGUGUUAAUAUUUUCAAGCGAUUACUUCUUCCUCCACGCUUUGUUACCACAACUUUUUCCUUCAUUCCUGAUGCUUUCAUAUUUUACGCCAGCAGAAAAUUAGAGACACAACGACAGCAUGAGUUUCCACUUGCUCUACUUCUUUAUUCUUCGAUGGCUUACGGUGGUCUCUUGUGGAACACUCGGACAUUGAGUAACGUCUGGGAGUCCGCGUUUGUAUGCAUAUUCUGCUACCUUUCUUUGCAAACCACUUUUACCGCCCUCAUCAUCCAGGCAGUGGUCUCUGCAUGGACUUUCUUUCUGCGUCCCACAUUCCCAAUCUUCAUACUCCCUUUUGCUGGACUUCAGUUGCUCAAUAUGCUUCGCUCUCCCGAUCGCCUGCUCAACAUAAUCUUUUUCAUUCCUGUCGGACUUUUAGUUGUUUGUGUUUCUGCGACCCUUCUGGCUUUUCUUGACACACAAUAUUACUCAAACAGCAAUUCGAUGACUAUUUCUAAUCUGAUAGUGACGCCGAUUCGCUUCUUAAACUACAAUUCUGCAGAGGAGACGCUUGGUGAGCACGGUUUGCACCCAUGGUACCACUACAUUCUUAUCCAUUGGCCUCUCAUGUUGACUCCCCCGCUCGCUCUAAUCGCAUUACUUCCUCCAUCUCCAAGAGGCUUCAAUGACUCUCUCAGAUUUGCUCUAUGGCUUGGUACGAUUAUCCCUACACUGGCUUUCUCACUGGUUGGUCACAAAGAAACUCGAUUCCUCUUUCCGAGUGUCCCAUUCGCCGUCAUAUUGGCUGCCUUCCGGAUAAAGAGGCUCAAGUUCCUGUUGGUGUUUUGGAUCGCUUAUCAAGCUAUUUUGGUGAUCUUCUGGGGUUUUGUGCAUCAGGCUGGUCUGAUUAGCUUCUUGUGUUCCAUCCCACAUAUGGACGUGGAUCGAGUGUCGCUAAAUAUUUUUUUUAAGACCUACAUGCCCCCUCGAUUUGCAUUCGGACGUCCCGCUUCACCCCACCUAACCAUACCUUUAGAGUGUCAAAAACUUGCACCUUUUGAUCCGAUGGGAUGUACCAGGGUACUCGAUUUCGCUGGUCGGCCUGUAUCAGAACUAACAACUUUUUUAGAUUGCUUGAAGACCUAUGUGCCAGUCGGCAUGAUAGUAAGAAUUGUAAGUCGCUUUGUAUUGUGA